AUGACUCCAUGCUCUGAGCAUCUGCCUGGGCCUGGGUUGUGUCCAGAUCUUGGUGGGGAUCAGCAUGCCGAUUCCUCAUCAUCCAAAGACAAACCACCGGCCACAGCACAUGCCACAGCAUGCCGAGCAUCCCUGGGUGCCUCAACCUGGCCUAUGAUGGUGCUUCACACAGUCAAGGUCCAGUCUAUCACCAAAGAAGUCCACAGCAAAGUUGAAGCCAGGAGCUGCUUCCCCAGCCUCACAGAUGUCAUUGCACACCAAUCUCCCUGCAACAUCAGAGCAAGGGGCAGCAUCCACCAGGAGCCACCCCAAUGCAAUCACCAAUACCUGAAAAAAUUGGAGAUUUUUGCACCAGAUAACUCAGAAAUACCCAGAGACCCGAUUUCUUCAAAGCUCUUGCGGCGCGUCGUCAGAGGAGACAACACGGCGUACUUGCUCUCAGGAUUUUUGGAAUUCUCACUAAUGGUACUUGCGCUUUGUUGGGUGGACGACGGACAAAGUGAGCUGAAAGUGGGCAGCUGGAUUUUGAAUUCAGCAAACUUGCAAGGAGCUCACGUUGUGGAUCCAUAUCUAUGCAAGGCUCUGGAGGAAAUGCUGUUCAAGAAAAAAUCAGUAUUGGACCUUGGAUGUGGGAUUGGUCUCUAUGGGAUUUGCUUCCUACGACUCAGGAAUCACACAUUUCCAAAUUCAGAAAGGGAUUUUUUUACAAGGCACCUUAAGGGCUUGAAAGAUUGGUGGAAUUCAACAGAUCCUGUUCUGCAAUCCUGGACUGGUUAUGAUGGAACCCCAGGAAUCCAGAAUUUGACAGCUGGCUUAGUAAAACACAUGGAUCUCAGUAAGCCGGGAUACAUUGGACGAACAUUCAACUGGGUCUUGAGUUUAGAAGUUGGCGAGCAUAUUCCUAGAAAGUAUCAGGCGAAUUACAUCUCCAACCUCGUUAGACACGCAGAAGAAGGAAUAGUUCUGUCAUGGGCCAUCGAGGGCCAAGGAGGACGUUCACACGUGAACAAUCGGAACAAUGACAUCAUCAUCGCAAUUCUGGAAGGACACGGGUUUUACCCACAGCCUGGAAUUUGGAAAAGUCUUCGUGGCAACAGCUCUCUUUAUUGGUUCAAAAACACUGUUAUGGCUUAA